AUGGAGGAUCGCAAGCGAUCCAUGCCUUAUGAUCAAGGCGAUGGCCCUGCUACCAAGAAACAAGCGCUGGCACCCAACGGUGUCGGCAAGCCACAUCCAGAUACUGAUAUGCCCUGGAAGGAUGAUCUCGAGCGCUUCACGAAGGAUGCCAUCUUACGGCAGAUGAAUGAAUACAAAAGAGAAAAGAAUACCCUCAAAUCAGAAUUGGAUGAGAUACGGAAAAAGACCCGCCACCAUGAUGACCAUAUCAGAGCCAUUGACGCUUGGUUCAAGCAGCUGCUUGAUGAAGUCAAGACCAUGAGCCCCGGCGAUGAUGACGAAGAUAUGGAACUGUCGACUCUUCCGACCUCGUUACUGUUCGAGGAUCAGCCACAUCUGGAACAACACAUAACAAAACGCACCAAAGAAGUUCGCACAAUACUCGGCAAACUUCUAUCUCGGUCAAAGAACUUCACGCCUGACGUCGUUGAGCUACAGAAACGCAUAUCAGAACUUCAAGCUGAGGAAAAGAGCCAUCUCCUCGAGCUGGAGACUUUGCGCGCAGAAGUUGCCAAUAUAGAAUUGCGGCUAGAAACUGCCACAGAGCGAUAUGUUGUUGCCGAGAAAAAGGUCGAGCGCGCCAAGAGCGUCACCGUCGCUAAGCUAGAGAAGCAGCUAAAGGGCGGCAUGAAGGGCUCCGAUGACGGUGUGAAGAAAGAGGAGCUGAAAAAUGGCGUUGGUGAGACUGGCGAGGACUAUACACGCCUCGAGACCGAGCACAACAAAGUUCUUGCAGCUUCUGAAGUCUUGAAGGAACAGGUCGAGAAAUUGCAAGAAGAGACCACCAAGUUGCAAUCCGAAGUCACUGCAGCAAACGCCAAGUCAGCAACUCUGUCCGACGAGGACUACUCAAAAACGGACCUCUUCAAGCAAUUCAAAGCGCAACACGAAGAUGUCAUCAAGAAGCUCAACGAUUUGGACGCCCGAUGCACCCAACUGAAAGAUGAAAACAGGAUGCUAUUGCAGGAGCGAACCAGCUAUCAAAACAAACUGGACGACGAGACUCGAGCCACAGUUGCCGAAAAAGAUACUCAGCUUGGCCAGGUGGAGAAGGAUCUGGUACGUAUCAGAGCCGAGCGCGAUGACUUACAAGCCAAGUUGAGCAUGGAAAAGUCGAAGAAUGAGGAGAAAUUAGAAGCUGUCUUCAAGGUUAGGGAACUUUGCGAAGCUCAGGAAGAGCGCAUCAAAUCGCUCGAAUCCGAAACACAACGACUUCAAGGAACCUCGGCAAUGGACGUUGAUGAUGCUCAGCUCGAAGGACUCGGCCCGGACGAGAUUCGCACAAAGUAUCAAAGCUUGAACCAGAACUACAAGAUGUUGAGCAGUGAGUUGACUUCAAUGUCGGCAGCAUAUCAGAAAGCAUCCAAGCACGCCAAGCAGAACACUUUGAAGGCCGGAGAGCAGGAAGACAAGGUCCAACGAUUGGUCGCAGAGAAGGCCAAGGCGGAUCAGAAGUAUUUCGCGGCAAUGAGAAGCAAGGACGCCCGAGAACAAGAGAUUCGAACCCUCAAACUGCAAACAUCAAAAUCCUCGGAUAUUGCACUACAGUUGAAAGAGGCAGAGACGGCGUCCAAAGCACUAAUCGCAAAUCUGGAGAAGCAGCUCUCCGACAUGAAGGAGGCCCACUCAAGCAAGACAUCCGACUGCCGCGCGCUGCAGAACGAGAAAGAUAGCAAUGCACUUGAGCUGAGCCGCCUCAAGAAGCAGAUUACCGAUUUGACCCAGCAACUAACGGCAAAAGAUGCCGAAAUAUCCGGCAAGUCAGCUGCAACUCGCACAGCAGAGGUCGAGGUCAAACAACUACAGUCAGUUCUGGAUUCAACGCGCAAGGAUCUGGAGAAGUGGAAGAGCCGAUCUGGACAGUCCGAUGUGGUAGACGACCUCCACUCAAUCGUCUUCUGCCAUUGCAAGAAGAACAUGAAGGACACAGUGCUCAAGACCUGCGGCCAUGUCAUGUGCUCCAGCUGCGUGGAGGAGCGUGUGGCAAGCAGAAGUCGCAAGUGCCCUUUGUGCAGCAAGAGCUUUGGCAGCAACGAUUACAUGCGUGUGACGCUGUGA